GCGUUGGAGCCAUUAGCGCGGAACGUAAUGGCGAAGCCACCGCCGUCUCUCUCGGGACAGGACGUAGGAUCAUUUGCCUACCUUACAAUUAAAGACAGAACACCACAGAUCUUAACUAGGGCUAUUGAUACAUUGCAUCGACAUAAAAGUGAAUUUUUUGAGAAACAUGGAGAGGAAGGCACGGAAGCUGAAAAGAAAGCUAUCUCUCUUCUUUCUAAGUUACGGAAUGAAUUGCAAACAGAUAAACCAUUUAUCCCCUUGGUUGAGAAAUUUGUUGAUACUGACAUAUGGAAUCAGUACCUAGAAUAUCAUCAGAGUCUUUUAAAUGAAAGUGAUGAAAAACCAAGGUGGUUCUACUCACCAUGGUUGUUUGUAGAAUGCUACAUGUAUCGUAGAAUUCAUGAAGCAAUUAUCCAGAGUCCACCAAUUGAUGACUUUGAUGUAUUUAAAGAAUCAAAAGACCAAAAUUUCUUCGAGUCACAAGAAUCUAUCAUUGCUUUAUGUACUUACCUGCAAGAGUUGGUGAGAACUAUUGAAGAUCUAGAUGAAAGUCAGCUGAAAAAUGAAUUUUUUAAACUUCUGCAGGUAAGUGUGAUAAUUAAUCUCCCAAAUAUAUUUGUUAAUUUAAACAGAAAAUAA